AAUUAGCCACUAGUCAAGCCGCUGAAACGGUAGCCAUUACGACAAUUGAAAACCUUAACAAUCAGAUUAAAAAAAUUACUGAGGAUAAUAGACUACUUAACGAGAGAAAACAAGCCGAAAGCAAGAAAGUAGACCAAGCAAAAAAAGAGGCGGGAGAGGAAAUUAGCCAAAAAAACAGCAAAAUAGCCGAAUUAGAAGCGAAAUUAGAGAAAUCAUUGGAGGAGGAAAAAAAAUUGCGACAAGCCCAAGCAACAGAAUUAGCAAGUAAAAGGGUCGAUGCGGAAUUAGCCGAGGAGUUUGAAGCAUUAAGAACAACCAAAGAUAGCGAGUUAGCCGCCCACGAAUUGAAAAUUGAAAAGGAUACGAAAUUAUUAGAAGCAAGUGAAGCAGCAAUAACCAAAGCCGAGAAAAAGUGGGAAAGUUUAAAUACUAAUUAUAUAAAAUUAGAAAAAGAAAGAGACGAAAUCCAAGAACAAUUAAUUAAGGCUGAAAACCA